AGCGCGCCAUGUUUAAAGUCUGAUCCCAGCUAGCUACAGUAGAGAUGACGCGCGCCGUAAUUUCAGAAUGAUCAGAUAAUCAAACAGACUUAUAUUUGUUACUUUUAUUUAACUUUUAUAUUUUUUCAUCGAACUAAAACAUUUCUUGCAGUGAAUCACCUACAUUUCUCAAAUUCUCAAGAUGAAGAAAAAUUGUAAUAAAAUCGCCUCGAGCGCCCCACAAAAAAGCACCCUAAUGGCUGGGCAAUCAAAGAUAUCUUCAUUUUUCUCAUCAAAGAGGAGCCAAGUAAUAAAAACUCAAGAUAUUAACUCCAAUGGCGUGAAAGAAUUUGAUAUAAUUACGAUUGAAAAUUCACCUCAAAAACAAAAUUUUGGUAAAGAUCAUCCUGACAAAUCUCUUUCUCUCAAUGUUUCGUCAAGAAAAAAUGAACCACCUGCAUCACAAUCAUCAUCAGCCACUAUUUCCCAUGCUGAUCAAUCAUUGAAAGGCUCCCAGAGAAUUUCUCCUUCCUUACUGAGACCAUGUAGCUCUAUCCCUAAGCCUAGUGAAGAUUGUGACUGGAAUUCUGAGUCUAGUGAUGAAAUUAUAGGUGAAACUCCUGAGAAGGCAUCAAUAUUUAACAAGUUAAAAAUGAAGUCUAAAAUUGUACAUGCUGAAAAUGUAAACCAGAAAUGUAGACGUUCCAAUAAUGGGCCAAGUAAAUUAUCUGCAAGCAACAAAUCAAAGUUAAAAUCAGCAAUAUCUGCAAAGCAAGAUUCUUUAAUGAAUGCUGACCAAAGUUGUAUUCCUCCUUUUGACUCAAGAGAAAAGACUCUGCCAAACAAGCGCCUAGCUGAUCAACCAACUGGCCUUUCUCCCAAUUCUAAAAAAUGUGAUCAAAUUUUAUCAAGAGAAGUAAAUAUUAAAUCAUGUCAGUCAAGUUUAUUGUCAAGAUUGAAUGAUGUAUCUGAAAUGCAGAAAAGUGUCCCACCACCACAAGUUUCUCAUAAAGGUCAGUUGAGUCCUUAUAGCAUUAAUAUUGCUCCAGCCAUCAAGAACAAAAGUUCAAGCAUCUUAAUGGAUGUGGAUGAAACUUUAGUUGAUAUUCUGAAUGAAUAUGGUUAUGGUUCAAAUAAAAAUCUUAAAGCAACAUCACAGGAAUCUCCUCAUUCUGAGGAUAAUUCUUCAAGCAAGAAAACCCUUCCAAAAAUUAACCAAAGUAGAGUAUCUGAAAUUAACAGUCACAAUAAAAUUCCUAAUAAUUCAAGCCCUGCUCAAGCUACUGAUGAUGCUGGCAAUGAUAUAAGCGAAAUUCCUGAAGAAAAUGAUGAUACAGUUCAAGAAAAAAGUACAAACCAGGAUCCUAUUGCAGACUUCAUGGAUGACUCAGAAUUAGAGUAUGAAAAGCUGGCCUGUGAAAUGGAAUUCAUGUCACCAUUCAAAUUCAGUGCUAAGUCAUGUGAAGAAAUUCCUCAAAGCAAAUUUGUGGGUGAGUUACUAAGUGAAGGAAUUGGUGCUGAUUCCUACUGCUCAGCUGGCAAUUUUGGCCGUCAUGUUGUUACAAGCGUCAAGCGUGAUUUGUAUGAACCAAUCCUGCGUUUGUCUCUUCUCCAGCUGUCUUCAAACUGCCCCAAAACAUGCAGUUUACAUGGCUCAUGGAGUGAAUCCGUGCUACAGGAGGACGACAUUGUGCACAUCCUCUUCUGUUCAGAAGUGAAUGGUCAUUACUCAGUUACAGAUCAAGAGGGUAUUGUAAUCAUCAACCCUGACGUGCUGUUGUCAGGGACAAGCAUAGUGGCAGGUUGCUUUUGUAGGCGCAAAGCAACACUUGCCGAGACCUUCAAAGGCAUCGAUGGAUGCAACCAAGUCAUGCUUGUGGGAUCACUGGUCCAUCAACUUUUUCAGGAUGUUGUGGAGAAGAAGCAGGCUGUGUCAAGCAGUGAGCUGCAGUCAUUACUACAAGCCUUGCUGCAGCAGUCAUGGGUUGUGCGUGAUAUGUAUGGCCUCGGUCUAACACCACAAAUUCUACAUGCUGAGAUGAGCAAGUUUCUUCCUCACAUUGAACAAUUUCUCCGGAAUUAUAUGCCGUCUGCUGCCUCUCUGUCACUUAAAAAUGGUUGCCCCGCUAUAAAGCCUAGACAGUCUGUUGGUUUAACCCGUGGGUGGUCUGGAACGAUCAAACAAGUGCUUGACUGUGAAGAGAAUUUCUGGUCUCCGAGAUUUGGCCUCAAAGGAAAAGUUGAUCUCACCCUUGCUGUGCAAGAUCAUUUAGGAGACCGAGUGCUGCCCCUGGAGCUCAAAACCGGGCGUGCGACGUUCUCGUCGGAGCACAGAGGCCAGCUCAUGCUGUAUACGCUCAUGAUGACCGAUCGUCGGCCACUGCCCUCCGGCUCCGGUCUCCUAUUGUACCUCAGGUCUGGCGACAUGGAAGAAGUCACCACUGGUCACCUGGAGAAGCGUGAACUCCUGCAGCUGCGUAACGAGAUGGCAUCAUACUUUGCCAGGCCACCUGCUGUGCAGAAGGAUGGGAAACUGGCCUUACCCUCGUUGCCCUCACCCAUCGACCGUGAGAGGGCAUGUCAGGGCUGCCCUCACCUGCUGGUAUGCACUGCCCUCAACACAGCUCCUCCCUCACCACCUCAUGCCAUGGCUUCCCUCGUGCCCGCUACCCUCGCACAUCUACAACCUCAAUUAGAUUGGAUCAUUUGA